AUGGAACACGAGUGCUACUGCCAGUGGUUUGAUCAUGUGACGAGGCAGAGUCCUCCACGGCUAGACCUGAUUGUUUACUUAAGGUCAUCUCCAGAGGUGUGCUACAAACGGGUGCAGGAGAGAGGGAGAGAGGAAGAGAAGAAAAGAGUCGAUUUGGAUUAUGUUAAAGCUCUGAAUAAAUGCUAUGAGGAUUGGCUGGGAAAUGAGGAACACCACAGUUGGCAUGGCAACACACCGGUGCUGGUCAUAGAUGGAAAUGAGGACAAGACUCUACACAAGACACACUGUUCCAACAUCCUUUCUCAUCUCGGCCUCUCUGAAACUGUUGCAGCAUAGCACCCUUUACUAUAUACCUCGAUGCUCAUAACACCAUUCUUGAGGUUUUUUUGUACUCCUCA